AUAUAAGGACAAAAAGGCGAAACUCGCGACCGACUACCACUGCACUGCAUACAGUACUGGCUGCUGCGGCGCGGGACGUUUUUCGUUUUUCAUAAGUGUCCAAAAUUGAUGAAGAUAUUGUGAGGGAAGUUCUUCACUUGGCGCAACGCCUACGUCCUUGCAUUAUGUUCUGCAGGACCAUAAGUUGGCUUAUCUGCAUUUUUCUGGCAACAGUCAUAGCAACAAAUUACAAUGGCACAGACUCCGUUACAGAAUCUGGUCCUGAAGUCACAAUCCAUUACGUAAAAACAGACAAGCCAGAAUCAUUCACAGUGGAUCGAGUUCCGGAAGGUAUGGAGACCUCAGCCGUGGACCUAGCCACCCUCCUGGACGCCGGGGACGGCGCCGUGGUGACUCUGGUGGCGGGCGAGACUCGUCUGGCGGCGCACAGGGCCGUCCUGACCGCGAGGAGCCCCGUGUUGGCUGCCAUGUUGCAGGAGGCCGGCGGCGGCCAUAUCAGCGUGCCGGGCGUGGAGGGCGCGGUGCUGCGCCAGCUGCUGGCCUACUUGUACACACUGCGGGCUCCCCAGCUGCCGGCGCUCGCACCCCACCUGCUGGCUGCCGCUGACAGGUACGGCCUGUCUGCUCUGAAGGCAGAGUGCGAGCAGCAGGUGGCCACACAGCUGUCUGUCGAGACUGCUGCUGCCACAGCUGUCCUCGCGAUGAGGCACAACUCCGACAGCCUCAGGCGCGAUGCUGUUGCCUUUGUAAAGGCCCACUUGCCCCGUGUGAUGGCCACGCGGGGCUGGGCUGAUGCUGUGGCCGACCACCCACAAUCUGUUGCGGAGUUAACUCGCCUCGUUUCACAGCCACCGACGGAAACCAGCAGCUCACCGGACAGCAACAGCAACAGCAAACCCACCACUCAGCCCCACAGUGAGCAAAGCGAUGAGGACCGGACACCUAGCACAGCUGCCACGCCUGCGACUCCCUGCUGCACGUCACCACCUAAUGUCACCGCUCUCUGCCUCUUGUGGAGUCUUUCUGCAGAGGAGAAGGGCAGGAGGCUGAUAGAGGCAGCUAAGCAGGGGACAGUGGAAGAGCUGGAGGAGCUACUCGCCGUUGGUACAGACGUGGGGACGGGGGACAAUAUCAGGAGCACUGCCCUGCACUGGGCAGCAAACAGGGGACACACAAAGGCAGUGAGGAGUCUGGUGGAGGCUGGUGCAGUGGUGGAUGCCAGGAACUACUGGCAGAAGACGCCUCUCCACUACGCCGCACAGAAUGGCCACACAGCUGUGGUGGAGGUGCUGGUGGCGUCCUCUGCCGACCCCAACAUCAGAGAUGAUGACGGGUGGACGCCGCUGCAUGAUGCGGCAUACUACGGCCACGCAGAGGUGGUGACGACACUGCUAGAGGCAGGAGCUAAUAGGAGGGCCACAGAUGACUGGGGUAGAACCCCGCUGGACGUCGCCAGGCAGUACAACCACCACCAGCUGACAGGUAUGCUAAUAUGAGGCUAGUCUGUGGAGUACGGUGAAAAGGAUGAAUUCUCGUAAUUGUUAAAAUAAAGAACACAAAAGAGUUACUCCUGUAGUCAUUUUUGUACUCAUACUUACAAAGUACAUGAACAUCAGAACAAGAGCAAUAAUACAGAUGUCUACAAAGUAAUGUGUGUCAUCAGAAGCAAGAUUCCAUUCGUGAAAACUCCACAGAAAUCAAAAAUACUCCGUUACUAAUAAAUACCAGGUAUCUACAAUAUUCAGUUACUGAAAAGUACUCAAUAGGAGCAUGUUCAUUACUACAUGAAACAAUCUUAAAUUUCAUCAUACCCAUGUUACUGGCGUAUAAUCUAUAUAGUGAGAAAACAUCUUCAAACCUGAGGUCAAAUUUAUUUGCAUGUCUGCCAUGAAGAUGGUGCAAUAAUUUGUGAUUAUAGUCACAAUGUGGCAUUAUUAACAAUACUCACACCAUAUUUGGCCUGAUGUCAAACUGUAUUUACUCGUGUGUCUGCAGUACACAUGGUUCAAUAGCUAGUGUGUUUAAUUACAAUGUGACGUUGCUAGCAAUAUUAAAGUGAUGCUAUGUAUUUAUAAUCUGAAAUAGUAUUGUCAUUUUAAUUUAAGUAAAAGUAACUGUACAACAACUUCUAAUCAUACAUGACACACACAACUGCAGUGUUGGAGUUAUAAGACGUAUUAGCAUGUAUAGGGUAACAUGGAACUACACUCUCACACUACAAGGUGCUACAGAAAAUUUAUGCUCUUUUCAGACUGUCCUUCUGUCCAUUUUCACUGCCUUUCCCUCAGCUCAGUGUCAUGUUUGCAGAGCAUCUGCAGGGGCUGCCACACAACCAUCAUGCAACAACUCUGGUUGGACAGGCGCCACUGCCGACAGUGCCCUCGUUUUCCCAGCAGUCACACUACCAAAUUGUGUGAAUCUUCACCUUUUCGCGGUGCAAAGACUGUUCCAAAAAAUUUCGGGCAUGCAGCUGCAUAAAUACGACUUCUUCUUCUAAUAUUUUGGCUGAAUACCGUCCAGCCAUCUUCAGAUUUGGUUGACGACGAAUUUAAUUAACAGAUAUAGUGGCUUCAGCCUAGAUAAAUCAUGGAAUCUGACAUUUUCUGUAAUAAACUCACAAAGAUGUCAUGACAGUGCAGCUCACAAUGAUACAUCAGUGUCACUGUGUGGAUCGAUCGCGCAGCCAUAGAUCUAAUUCCACGCAUAUGUGAUACCUCUGUGCCACUAAUAAACAUCUCUGGCGCCUGUAUCUUUGGCCGCAUGUGCAAUGGUGCGGUCCACAGGUUUAAAAGGAUGGAGUAAGUCACCCCCCUCCCCAACCAGCACAAUGUGGCCGAUGUUUAUCCUUUGAGCACCUCAUCACAAAAUGUGCACAACAAGCUAAAUGCUGUAGCUGUGGUGGGCAACACAGCCUCUCACAAUGCAGCCUCAGGGAAGAAAAGUGCGCAGACUGCUCAGGAACGCACUCCACCUUAUCCUAUAAAUACCCCCCGCAGGCCCGAGGAACCAACUAGCACUGAAGCCCGUGCCCCGAUCAAGACAAUGAAUGGGCCAGAUCACCCACCCACAAAAAAGGAUGAGAAUGGUGAAUCUGUCUCAGCUAACCAUAUUGUCUUCAAAAACGAUCUUAUAAUUCUGAUGACCACCAUUUGGGUCAACCUCCUCAAGACUGAUGCGAGCACAUAAAGAAAGCUAUCGACUGAGCCUCUCUGAAAGAUCCUUGAGAGGGGAAUGAUAGCAACACAAGUAAGAACCACACUGCAUGUCACCAUCACAGAGGCAUGGGACCUGUAAGCUACACAGAUACUGAACAUUUAAAUACAAACACCCCCCACCACUCCACCUCACUGCACCCUCCUCCCCUCCACCACUCCACACUGCAACACCCACAGCAGGAAAGUAGUGCCAAAAGACAAGAACAACAGUAAGAACUAACACACACACACACACACACACACACACACACACACACACACACACACACGCACACACUCUCUCUCUCUCUCUCUCUCUCUCUCUCUCUCCACUAUGGAUAUCACGAACGAAAGAAACCACCUAAAUCUCCUCUUUGCAAAUGAACAAGGGAUAAAAAGUAAACGGUCUGUCCUCAUGCACACACUCCACCAACAGAACAUUCACAUUGCUGCAAUUGCUGCAUGACAGAGACAAAUGUGACUUCGUGAGAUAUACCACCUUCUGUAAAGACAGGCAAGAUGGAAAGGGAGGCAUUGCAAUUUACGUAAACAACACCAUAACAGCUAAGGAAAUUGCACUCCCACAGGCGUAUGAUAACCUAGAGGCCAUAAUAAUUAAGAUCACAGACAGGAACAGGAGAACCCUCAAAGCAGUAUGUAUGUACAACUCACCAGGUACAGCACUACCAACACAAUUCAUCCAACACGUCGUCACACAAAACCACACAAUCCUAAUGGCAGAUCUGAACGCCAGACAUCACAGUCUAGAAGACAGACUAGACAACAGAAACGGCAGACUACUAUUCGACCUAACUAUCACACUCAUACUCAGACUACCAUUCAACGAGCCCACCUUCAUAGGCUUCAAGACACAUCAAACCCAGACCACAUCGUCUACAGCCCAGACCUCGACGACACCUUAACAGAAACAAAAGUAGGCGACUCCAUCACGAGCGAUCAUCUCCCCAUCAUAUUCUCAACAACAGCAACACAACCCUCGCACCCAACUAGCAGAACCAUAAAUGUGGACUUGACAAAUAUCAAGACAUGCUAACAGAAGAACUAACCGCCCCCAUCAGCAUCACAGACACAGACAAGCUACAACAUGUUGCCAACAGACUCGAAUCGGCCCUCCAAACAGCCAUAACAGAAGUGAUACCCACAAAAACAAUAGAGAACUGGAAACCCUACAUCCCCCCAGAAGCGUUAAACCUUAUCCCACAGAAAAAAACAACUACAAAGACAAAUGAGACGAGGAGACAAACCACACCUGAAACGACAGUGGAAGAGAUUAAAUGCCAGGGUCAAGAGUAUCAUUUCAACACACAGACAACAACAGUGGGACGACACAUGUGCUCAGCUAAAUUACAGAGAGGGCAGAAAAUUCUGGAACAGAUUCAAAACAUUAACAGUACAACGAAAGAUCAGUCAAUCCACCCUGCUGGUAAACAAGGAACCAACGACCGCCCACAAAGAACAGGCUGAAGCAUUUAAACAGGUGUUACAAGAAGUUUACUCAUACCCAGCUGACGACAAUUUUGGCGAACAAUUUAGACAACAUGUAGAAUCCCAACUGCCACAAAUACUAGCAACCCCCACGAGCGACACAUAAAAACAACUAGCCCUCACUAGAGACAUAACAGAGACCGAAAUAGAAGACGCAAUCUACACAGGAGGAAACUCUGUCCCUGGAGAAAAUGGUAUCCAACAACUCCACUCCCAAAAAGCCCCAUCACAUAUCCUUAUCCCCAUACUAUCCCUCAUCUACAACUUCUACAUGAAUCACGAAAUGCUACCGACAAAUUAGAAAACCAGUAGAACCAUCAUGAUCCUCAAACCCGACAAACCCAGGACUGACCCUCGUUCAUAUAGACCAAUAUCACUACUUGACGUAAUAGGAAAGACAUAUGAAUGCAUAUUGACAGACAGGAUACGAAAAUACACAGACGACAAAGGAUUAAUCCCCCCAAUACUGGCAGGUUUUCGGCAGAAGCACUUGACCAAUGACUCCCUUUUGAAACUGACUAUCAGCAUAGCGAAAGGCUUCAACAAAGGACACUGUAAACUCUCUGACCUUCUGGACAUCGAGUGUGCCUUUGCCAAACUGUGGCACAAUGGCCUGCUAUAUAAAUUAUCUGAAGUAGGACUCCCAACAAAAAUGAUAAGAAUAAUAAAAGCCUACCUAACUGACAGAACUGGCAUCAUACACGUAGGAACAGGAAAAUUCGGAGCUUUCACACCACAAGCAGUGGUACCUCAAGGAGGAAUACUAUUCCCCUUAGUAUAUACACUAUAUACCGCUGACAUCCCCAUAGUUAGGACAUGUACAGAAACCAUAGGUCUGUAUGCAGACGAUACAGCCUACUGGUGCACAGAACUGAAAGCAAGCACCGUACAACAAAAGACAAACAACUACCUCACAAGACCAGAACAAUGGAUGACCAAAUGGUGAAUUCGCACCAACCCCAACGAAACACAAACAGUUCUCUUCAAACUCAGGCAUUUGAUCAAAAAACGACAGCAAGACGACAACGACAUCCAGCUAUCACUAUCGAACAUGCCCCUUACACUGAACAACUCAGCCAGAUACCUUGGAGUACACCUAGACCAACACCUUAAUGGGAAAAUACUUCUGAAUCACUUACUAAACAAAACACAACUAAGACAAGACUUAAUAAGACAGGUGCAAGGGCGCUUCCAUGCUGCAGCGAUGAAACAGCCCUACAUACGUAUAAAACGUUCAUAAGACCAAUAUUGGAGUAUGCAGUCUACCCACUCAGGAGAAUACAGGCCGACAUAGCAGAAAAACUCUAUAAAAAAGAAAGACUACUUAUACACAGCAUCACCCAGUUACCUCCCACAUCCCCCAGCAAUGAAGUGUACACAAGCUCAGGCAUAGAACAACUACAAACCAGAAUGGCCAAACUCAGGGUGAGGUAUGGAAAACACAUACUCCACACCAGGCCAGACAUGGAGAAUAUUAUCACCAUAAAUGGAAGGGAAAAAAGAAAACCUAAGUACAAAUACAUACCACCCUCAUGCACAAUAGCCCAAAACAUAGCCAAAACAUUCCCUGACCUCAUCCCAAUCCUGCAGCCCCUAAAUGAAAACACAACAUCACCAACUCACCUUGAUGAAAGAAUAACAGAUUAAACACACACACAAAAUACACCAACAUAAGAAACAAACAAACAAUCUAAACAACACCAAACACCUGACAAAACCAAUCACCCCCUCUCAGGAUCAGUUAACAAAUAAAAAGGUCAACCAAAAUUGAAAAUACGCAAAGAAGAGACGCAACACUGCCUAUAAAUGUACACUACUAAAAAAAAAUUUGUAAAACACCUACAAUUGGAAUCUGAUAUAUACAACAGAUUACCAAAAUAUACGUAUAACAAUAAAGAAAAUCACUCUCGAUACUUACUGUGAAAAUUCUAACAAUCCACAAACAAAUAUAUAUUUCACUCAAUUAUUUCUUUUGUUUUUAACAUGCCUUUUGUUUUUAUUAUGUCUUCUAUCCUUAUGUAUUUUAUAUCUAUUAUGUUUCUUGUUUUUACUUAAAACCUACAUUAUAUUAAAAUACGUUACAUAAACUUUUUUGUAUAAAAAACUAAAUAUACUAUAGUACUUGAUGUAACAUAAUUGUAAGUCAUAUAUGACAACGCACUUCUGAGAAAAAUAAAUAGUGUCAAAAAUAAUAAAUAUGUAAAACCCCUAUGGCUGAAAGUGGACGCCAGCAUGCAAAUUUUAUAGAAUACCAAACUGUGGCUUGCAGGAAAUGUAAAACUGCUUUGCGAACUUGUGUACACAGUUCAGCUAGAAAACUGAGCACAUCAUACGACAUGUGAAUGGUACUCCACUCCAAAGGAUUAUAAAGCAAUGACACUUAUAAUUUUUUUAAAUUGCUAUACAGUUAGAAAGAACUUAGCAGUUUGUCAAAAUGAAUGAUGAAACGUUAUCAUCAAAAGUCUGAAUUGUCAAAGAGGGUAGUGCUGGUAACUACGAGGUACUAGCAAGUUACCUGUCUUACAAAUUACAAUAGAGUAGCAAUGUUAUGUAAUGUUUCUCAACAGUUGGAAAAUUCAGCUACAAAACCUUGAGCUAGCCAAGCAGUCCACACAGAAAUAUGCGCCAUAGUUCCACUUUGCAGUAAAACAGAAUUAAAAGACACUACAUGCAAAAAAUAAUAUUUCUGUCCUGAUUUUGUUGUCAUGUCUACUAUCCAUAGUCAGACUAACACUGUUGAAAGACAAAGUUGCACUUGAAGCAGGAGCCAGAUCAUCAGAUGUAAACACAAGAGAACACUGCAGAUUUCAUGACUCUCCACACCAAAUGUGAUACACAUCAGUCAAAAUCGUGCAAGGGAGGAGGUAAUGAAAUACAUGAAACUACAGGAAAUAAAAUUCACUGUUUUGGUCCAUAAAUCAAAUAAAUAGUCAUUAUUAACUGUAUGUCUAUUGGGUGAGUUACUGUUUCGUCAAUUAACUGAAAUUUGCUGUCUGUAUUUUGCGAGAAAAAACUGGAUACUUUGUGUCAGCAAAGUAACCUGUUUCAUAGCUGUAAGCAAUAAAGACUGCAGAUAAAGAGCUUCUCAUACUUCAGCAUCUCUAUACAGCCAUACAAAUGAUGGCAUUCAUGUACUGCGUAAUCAGCCACAGACUAAAACAUUGAUGAGGAGCUUUCAUUUAAAAGUAUUUCAAAGUUCUUUUAGUGCAGAUGUGUCAGACUUAUAUGUGCAAGGAAAAUCUGGUAUGGCAAUUGAUAUCAAUAUAAGCUUGGCAUGCUUUGUUAUAAUCAAUGAAUGAAUGGCAUGAACAGAAUGACACCCUAGAUGUUGAACAGCACUGAUUUUGGAAGGAUCACUCACGUAAACUCAGACUCACACUUUCUCACCUGUCAACAGAUCGAGGCUGUCAGAGGGUUGCACUAUUUCUUUACCUCAAUAAAGCAUAUGACUCAGUACCACACUUACAAUUAUUAUCGAACAUGGGAUCGUAUGGAGUAUGAAACAAAACUUGUGACCAGUUAGUGGUUUUCGUGUUAUGGACGACACAGCAAAGUUAUCUUGGAUGGAUUGUCAUUAAUAACCCAUCCCAAUUCAAAAAUAACAGUGAAGUGCAUAGCUACAACACUAGAAGAAAGGAUGACAUUCAUUUUGCUGGAUUAAAUCUCACUUUGGCACAG